AUGUCAUUGAAGAGCACACUGAAAGCGAGAGCACCGAUUCCGGCAGCCGGUGGGCCGACCGGUGGUGGAUCCACUGGUGAUGAUCUUCAGAAGCUUCAGAACGACUUCAUCACGUGGCUCUACGCGGAUCACGGACAAUUCUACAAUGAGAACGUCAAGAAGCUCGAAGAGUCGACACAAACGAAGCGUGAAAUCUUCGCCUACGGACUCAUCGCUCUCAAUUGUGUCUAUAUGAUCAUUGGAAGUUGGGCGGAGUUUGUGUGCAAUCUGAUUGGUGUCGCCUAUCCGGCGUAUGUUUCGGUUAAGGCCAUCCGAACCGUGGGAACCGACGACGACACUGUCUGGCUGAUCUACUGGACGGUGUUUGGCGCCUUCUCGAUUAUCGAUUUCUUCGCGAUGGGCAUCAUGUCGUAUUUCCCAUUCUAUUGGGUCGCCAAAGCGGCGUUCCUCCUCUACUUGUACCUGCCCCAAACGCAUGGCUCGUGGAUGAUCUACCAUCAAAUUAUCGAUCCACUCGUCGCCCAUUUGGAGAAAUCGAUAUCCGGAAAGUUGCCACCAAAUGUUGGCAAUAUGCCAGCUUCAACGCUCCCACCGGGUGCAUUCAUUCCACAAGUCGACGAAAAUAACAAUAAUGCCGCCGGGAAAUCUGCGGCGCAAGGACCACCGCAAUAA